AAACAAUGCUACGGCGAUCAUGCGACUCAUUGUCCGCAGAAGACGGUGAAGUCGAACACGACACAAACUUUACAACAUUCUCAAGCCAAAUGCGCGAGCUACACACGCCUGUCGAAGACUUGGAUAGAGAGAGAAACUAUUUCACAAUGAUUGAAGGUGAGUCUUAUAACAUGUCAUAAUACCCUGUCGCAGUCAUGCCGCGGGUACUAAGAAUGAUUAUUGAAUAUACGCCGGGUUUCUAAGUACUGCGAAAUUGGGUUCGAAAAAUUUCAGGAAGUUCGCCACAUCAUAUUUUAACAUACCAAACAAACCAAAUAAUCAAUGUUCAUUACUCCUGACCGAAGUUACCAAGUAUUUCAAAAUAGUUUGACCCAAUAACCUAGGUGGCACUAUUUCAUUAUUAACUGCUAACCCAUACACAAGCUAUGUGAGAAUAGUACAUUUUUCUGAGGCGAAAUUAAUCAAUCAAAUUUACAAUGCUUCGUAGCUUUAGUUAGAUUAAGUAGGCUUUUUAUUAAUUCAUCGAUAUUUUUCGGCAAACUAUAAGCAGCUGGCGAGGGAAGAAAGUCUCUAUUCAAUAGUGGCAUUCGGUAUGCCUUGGAACAUGGCCUUCAAAUGUACCGCGCGGUUCGUUUCAUGUGGUGCACGAAAGCGAUUUAAUAUCUUUCUCUCGCUCUUAUUGGUCAGUUCUCAAGCUCCAAAUAAAACGUUAUGUUGAUUAAAGCCCGUUUUGGUCUCCAUAUUGUUUCAGAAUGUUUACAUUUGAUCAACAACAGUAGGCGAAUUUCGAAGGCAAUUUUUGAAGAGGAACUUCAAACAAAGAGCCAGGGUUUAUGCUUGGUCGUACUAUGGAGGCACUUGUAUUUUCGAUCGCUUGCGGACCCGUGUAUCGUUACGUAAUGUCAGCGAUACUGUACGAGUUGCAAGUGAUAAUUUUAUAUUGCUAUGUCUGAAAAAUAGAGAAUAAAUCCGUAAACCACUUGAGUUUGUGAGAAUACGGCCUGCAUGUACGUCUAUACAUUGUCUCAGACUGAUUUCAGAUCCAGCUACGUGGUAAUGAUGAAUAUUGUGAAUUUAAUGUAAUAAUGUGCAGUGCAUGAGAUGACGUUCGCACAGUUUGUUUCGAAUAUCAUUACACAAGCUGGAAAUGAAAUCAGUCGGACAAAAUCGCACUUCCGCAAAAGUAGCUUUAUACAUGGAGUAUUUGUACAUAAAGCAUUCCAGUAUCAUUCACAAAGUCUCCUGACCAAGAAAUUAUCCUCAAAAUGCCAGCGAAGUUCUUUAAGAAUUCUGCCAGCUCAAACAAGCAAACUAGAGAUAUAUACCCCCUAGACUGCCAGAGCUCUUCAAAGAGGGCACUUCUCUGCUAAACAUUCACCAAUUAAAGCCUCCACAGUCAAUACUAAAAUCACACAGUGAGUCAGAAAAUUAUAUUGUCAUGGACUCAUGGUCAUGUAUGAUUCUCUAAGAGGACACUACUCAUUCGUGGGGGAAAUUAUAUGGUUUGUCAAAGUUAGAUAUUAAAUUCCCUAGUCGUAAUACCCAUCGACGAUUGAACAAUAUAUAAAAAAUGUACAUUACUUUCUCGGGGCAAUUCCAAUGUCCUUCCCUGUCCUAAGUGAUAAUAAAUUUAGUAAAAAAUAAAGUACACGGAUUCACAUUGUAACUUCUUAAAUUUGCCAGACCCAAUGAAACUAUAACUGCUCAGUAUAAUACCACUUCACUUUCACAACUCGUGAUUACAAAAUGUACCGACUGGCCAUUGCUAUAUAGUUUUCAAUGCUACAAUGGAGUGCUUUUGAAUCCCAACACGAACAUAACAGCUCUAUGGUUUGUGGUAAUGCUUUAAUAAACCAAAUUUUCUCCGUGAUUGCGUAACAAAGAGACGUGGAACGAAAUGAAAAGAGUGCAAUUAGCUUAUAGCGCAGAAUACAAUUGCAUUGGGUUAGCUGUUAAUGCACUGUCUUCAGUUUGAGGUCUCUAUAUAGACAGUACUCAACAAGGAUUCGGUUUGACGGAUGACACUGCACACAUAAAAUUCUCUUUGUCGAAGUAAAGAAAGAGUUUGAUAAGUUUGUGGUUUUGAAAGACAAGAAUUCGGAUUGAUAGGAAUACAAGCACACCUGACAUAUACAAGUAGCUAUAGCCUAGUUGCAUUUUUCAGUUAUAGUUGUAUUCCAAGCUAUCAAUCCGAAGGCGAAACUUUCUUGUUAUUAACUACACUGGCGUUUUGAAACACGGACCGUUUUGAAAGACAUGUACUUUCAACAGUUCCAAACGCACUGUAUAAAUAUAAAACCAUCUUCUUGAGAAGUGCAGUGCAUAUAGAACAAACUCAAAAUGUUUCUAUCUAAAUUUAACAAGCUAUUACAGAACAACAACUGAGGGGCACGUGUGUCAGGCUUAGACUCCGUCUAAUGCUUUGUGUAUUGUACGCUGCAGAUGUCCAAGACAACGUCUUAAACAAUUCACUGCUUAAAGUUACUGAUUACCUAAUAAAAUACACUGCACCUCCUAUGCGAAACAAGAUAUACGCACGAAUAGCAAGACACAAUGAGGCGUUUUGAAAACUUUUUUUAUCAAAGCGCACAAAAUUCUAAAACUUCAUAUAAUAGCGAAAAUGAUGCUCGGCUGUUUUGAAAUUUUGAAAAAGAAAAUUCAAAGCUCGGUCAAUUUGUUUAAAGGUGUUUUGUUUGGAGAAAGGUGCGAGUCGAACGUGUCAACUUACUCCUAUAUGAGAAAUUGAUAUAGCAUAGUUAAUUUUUUACACAAUAGAGUUUUUAAUAAAAUAUGCUUUCCGAUGAUACUUUAAGCUUGCAGUUUUUCCCUAUAAACUAUCUCAACGUAAAAUGUCCUAGUGUGGGCAAUAGUUGAUAUGUAUUAAUACAAAAUAGAGGGAAAAUAUCCCAACCAGAAAACUCAACCUGUUUUCAACAUAAAAAAAAGUCAUCAAAAGUAUUAGGAAUAUAUAUUGUUCUGCUGUGUGUAUGUGGGAAUUGCCCCCUACAAAUUAUGUACAAGCAGGCAAAAUUAAUAAAUUGUGAACUAUAUUUUAGACCACCAGGUUAAAUUUCUAAACAAUUCUACUACUUCUGAAUUCAUGAAACAUUAUACUACAGUAAGUCUCAGAGGUCUGCAAAAACAUGUGAUGAUGCAACGUCCAUUUUUUGUCCGAUUUGCGCAAAAUAUAUGCCAGACAAUUCAGCAGGAAGAACCUCGACUCUGCUGUAGAAAGCGCCGACUGGGGACCUUGGGUUUUGUAAUAUUUAAACUCCUAAAUUGCCUCACAGCUAAAAGUCUGCAGCAACCGUAGUCAUAAGGAUAUAGUUCUAAUUAGUAAUUAAUAUUUUAUUAAUCGAAAUAAUGACUGCGAUCGCUUGCUGUGCCCUGCCAAAGCAAUUUUGCAAAACAUUCGAAAAGUCGCCCAAACAAACCAUCAAUGUUUUUGCAAUUAGGCCAUUGAUACGAUAUUGCUGCAACGAAGUACACACCAAACAGAACUUACGAACAAAUCAAUUUGCGCAAGAUGAACUGUGCAUGUACACAAUUGCGCGCACUUACUAUAUAUACUGAAAUCUUACAAUGCUGUUUAUGUCUUAAAAUGAAUAUCAAUGCAAAAUUAGGAGAAUAAUUUAUAGAGUGCUUAGCUACCAGCAAAAGUAAGGAAAAAAUGCACAACAUGCUGCCAGCUUAAUAAAAGAAAUGAAAGAUACAUUGGGCUUUUUUUUUAAAUAAUAUUAUGCAAAAAAAAAUUGUUAAAUAGAAUAUACGCACGCCUCACAAAAGACGAUCACAAGCAAAAACAAAAAGUUCUAUAAUAUUGUUAAAAACAUUAAAUCCGCUACGCGAAUUUUCUUUGCGAGAUUGUUUGGUUUAAAGGUAUGCUAGUCUAAACAGUGUCAUGUAUAAGUUAAGGAAGCCAGCAGGUAUAAAAUAACAAACGAAAUUUGCACUUAAAUUGUUUGUUUUCUGCUGUGUGCUCGUGAGUAUGCUAUAAUAUGGGGACACAUCUCAUGCGCAAAUGAGAGACGAGAGAGACAUUAAUAGCAAAUCAUUUAUAGCGUUGAACAGCGUCAAUUAUCACUAUUAAAUAUUAAUCCGACGUGAUUUGCUUUCAUUCGCUUGACUCGCUUGCGCCGACAACACCUGAAGAACUUUUAUUAGAAGCGAGAGCUCGGCGCGCUGUGAUUGGCUGCGUGCGUCGUGAGUUAUUAAUUCACAUAUAAUAACUUGCCUACAAAGAGACACCGAAAAUUUUAGCCGGAUCAGAAGAUUAAGCUAUGGACUCGGGAACUACGCUCAUGUCUCGAGAAGACUUAGAUGGAAAUGCUAUAAACACUGAACAUUCUCUGUUAGAUCUCGUUCCUAGUUUAGAGCACAGCAUAACAGGUCUUAUAACAGAUCAUGGUUAGUAUGUAUUUAUAUAUAGUACCCUUCCAUUCAAGUUAGUGCACCGCGCUUCGCUUAAACAAAUGCUCAUUUUCUUGAUAACUCCGAGUAAUUUUCCCCAUUAGUGUCGAGUGUUGAGGAAUCAGUAUUCUAAUGAUAUUGUGACACUACUUGCUGUGUUAAUUUAAUACCUUUACUCGUCGUUAAGAUAAUGGGAAAUCUCCUGAUGGAAAGGUAUCGCCGACAGAGAUCAAGAGAGGCAAUGGUGUGGACACAGUUGUAGUCGACGAAGACGACGUGAAGUCUAACGAGUCACUACUCUCAAAACAGAAACGACAUCGGACGCGGUUCACUCCAACACAACUUAAUGAACUAGAGAGAUGCUUCUCACGGACGCAUUAUCCCGAUGUAUUUAUGAGAGAAGACCUCGCGGCCCGAAUUGGUUUGACAGAAUCAAGAGUCCAGGUUAGACAACUGUAAACAUUUUAUGUAUCGCUAGCAUACCGCGGUAUCUGAUCAUGAAAAGCUGGCUGGCUAAGUACCUAUUCUAAGUAUCUCUGUUGCAAUAACGAAGAUGGGUCUAUACAAGUUUUAUUAUAGCCUAGUGAAACAGUACAUAUGUCCCAUUCCUACUGUUAUUCAACCUGUAGAGUGACUGUCCCUUUUUCAAAUGUUUGUCUAUCUUCUUCUAAGCCUAAUUCCUCUAUUUAUUUACCCAUGUAUGUACUAUUUUUAGUUUAAAAACUAUGCUUUUCAAGAUUUUCUCUCAAAUGGCAGUCGAACGAUAUCACGCUAGCCUAUAUAGGAAUUAUCCCAAUAUAUAAAAUUGGAAAGAGCUAUCCCACUGCCCCCAUUCACCAAGGAAUUCUAUUUGCAGCGAGAACUAAAUUAAAACUACAAAAUGUAUGCCCUAGUAUUUUUGCUUGCUUUCAAGAGACAAAGUUAGGAGUGUUUUAUCGUAAAAUUACAAUAUCCUUACGCCAGUUUAAACAUAGCGCGGAAUAAGUAACUUUGUCCGGAAAUAACGCAUGCAGUAAUAAUUUUUCAACGUUAAGUUUGCUUUCGCAUUUCACUGUGAAGCUACGGAGGUAUUAUUUUGAUGACACAAAAACUUUGCUUCUCCAUAAACGUGGACAUUUUACAAACUGGAUUUAACACCCAGAACUAAACUAUAGCUGCAUGCUUCUUAAAAUUUGAAAACAGCGCUUGUCACAGCAAAGCAAACUAUGCAUUCAUCACUGCGCCCAUUACGCCAAAUAAAAGUUUUAAUUUUAAAAUGGCCUAUGAUAUAUUGUCGAGUGUUCCGCUUUCGACUUUCGGUAUUAUUUUACUUAAUGUGGUCUUCAAAUAGUCGCAUAGAUUUCGCUACUUAAAUUACUGAGAUAGAAGGCAAGAAUGAAUCUUGGGUAAGAAUGGGGGCUAACUGUACAACUACUAUUUUAAAUUUUUUGCAUCGUUUUGAAGCGAGCUAGACUUUAUGCAAGCAAAUAUCUUAAGGAUUAACAUAUUUUUGUUCAUAGCUAUAGCUUUUCGGGACCUAACUGAGAACAGUUGCGCAAAAUUGAACUAUCAGCAUUCAACGAGUAUUCAAAGUUAAGUGGGCUGUCAUUUUUCAGCGACUAGUUGCGCUUAGGUUGUCAAGAGGAACUUGCCGUGUAUUAUUUUAGCGUAUUUAGCGAAACUAGAUUUCCCGCUAAGAGUCUAAUACUCAGAAUUAACUGUAAUUUAAAGUAGCAGACAAGUCCUUCAGCCUCUGUUGCCUUCCCGGCCAUUUGACAAGCUUGUCAAGCGAGUGUAUUAUUGUAAUAUAAGCCCGUUGUAUCCAUUCAAUUGAACAAGACAUUUUAAGUGGUCAGUAAUUGGCCGAAAGGCUCUUGGCAACCGUCCCGUCAUAUUUUUAUUCCAAUCGGUUUAGAAUUGCUCUAAUAUUUGAGCAAACUUAAAUCAAUUUAGAAGUUCUUGAAAAGUUAAUGCGUGGCUUGGCAUAAAUUUUAAAGAACGGGAAACUAUAUACGCAUCACUGCAUAUACAUAACUAUCUCGUUAAAAUUACUCGCGUUCACUUGUGUCAAAGGCAUAUAAGAGGAAACUCCCAAGAUUGGGUGGACUGUAAGUGUAGCUUAUCUCUACAGCUAAUUCUUUCUCAUACUGAUCUACGAUUGGAAUAGAUCUCAAACGUACAUCAAGUGUUCUACAAUAAGCUGUUAUUUUCCAAAUAGAGUUUCGGCCUUUUCCACUGUUUGGGAAAAUACAAAACAUCAGUAAACCGGGCAAAAUUUUGAUUAAAAGAGGACAAACUAUACUUUACUUUUACGUUGGAACUACACUAUAACACCGAUGUAGAAGGGCGGAUGACGAAAUCCUAACAGAGCAACAUGAUUCCGUUUUCUAUUUGGCCUACAGUUUUUCGUUGAUUCUAUGUCCAAAUCUAUCCCAAUGUUAGAGAAAUAAUUCUCUAAGGAAAGUGUCUCUAAAAUGUUGAGUGUACUCUCUGAAUAGGAAUGAAACUGUAUUGUCUCUCUAAAGAAAGUGUUUCGAAAAUAUUGAGUGUACCCUCUGAAUAGGAAUGAAACUGUAUUGCCGAAAACCUAACAUUUUCUGAUGUGUAAAUGUUGACCACAAUCUGCUGAAGAAUCCAUGCGGCCUUUUCAAAGAGAGGCAACGCGCUUUAAUAGUUUUAUAAACUUCACAAAGAGUUUGCACAAACAUUGCUUUGUAAAACAUCGAGUUAGCUUUUAAAUGCCGAAGUAUAGAUAGUUUUCAUUUGCGGCGAAAGUCCAGCCUAUAUCGCGCGGGUAUCGUAAUUAUUGAAUUUUCAAUAUUAAGAACAUUAAUGUAACAGCGCGAUGAUACUGUGACAGUGUAGUUAGUCGUAAUGGGAAAGCAGUUAGUGGCAUAAUCACACUAUCCUUGGGCUAAAAACCACUCAAACGGUGCGUGCACGUAGGAAUACAGGCGGAAAAACUGAGUUAAAAAAUCAAAAGCGGGCUAAACGCUUCUCAGUGGGGUUCCACCGCCUUGCUCAUUCCAAAUACUGCCGUCCGCUUUUGUUUCGUGCAUUUUAUUAAAAACCAAAUAUAACUUGAAGCAAUUGCCGACACACACACAAGCUUGAAAAUGUCUGUCAUGCGAAAUAGGCUUAGGCUGUUAUCGUUUUGCAAUUUCGAGGCUCGUUUCACUCAAUUGAGUGUGUUACUUGGCAUAAUUGCCUGAUUGCUGUGUCAUUCUGGGCAAAACAAAACUUGAAUUACGAAUACAAAGAUACCUCAUCAAGCGUUAAUUUCCGUCGCAGCGUUCCAUGACUUUGGGGAGGAUUCUGUUAAAGUUAUCAAUAUAAGCAAAGCUUUUGCGCACUAUUGUUUAACUGCAACAUUUGCGCGCGUGGUUUAGAAAAGUAUUUAAGCUAGCCCCUUCGUUGUUAGUGCGGACUGAACAGUACAUAUCUGGAUUAUAAGGCAUGGCCCUUAUAGGACAUGUGGAAAGAACAGUUAAUAGAACUAGUGGAACUGUCCAGUCUAGGUAAAGUUAGUUUGGUAGGCCUUCGCUUAUGGUAACACUGGAUCAAUAAGAGACGAUCCUUACUGGACCUCUAGGAAGAACAAUUUAGAACUGAUAGAGCUAUAGCCAGUUUCAGUAGGGAUGCUCUUAUCUACAUGGACCUCUAGAGAGAGCAGUUUAAAACUGAUAGAGCUAUUAAUAAUAAAGAUAGAUAGCGCAUAUUUACUUUAUAGCCCAGAUAUCGUGAUAAAAAAUAAUAUAAAGUGUUAGCAAGUCAUCGUUUAUCACUUUGUCACCUUUGACAUAAUUUCUCCCGAUUUGGUAUCGGUCUUCACACAUUCGCGUGUAACUAUGUGGAUAAACAAUAGCCAUGAGUGCAACCCUUAGCAUGACUUUUAUAUAUAAGUCUUACUGCUCUCCUGUGACCUAGAAUUAUAAUGCAAUGGUUUGUGUCUGAACUAAUUGGAAAAUAUCAAGUUUCGAACCAGCGCGAAGAGCUUACAUCGCAAAGUUAGCAGCCCCUGGCGAAGGCUCUUUCUUUAAAACGUCGAAAUAGCUUAUUGUAGAAUACUACCUACACACUAGACCACCACGUUUAAGAUAUCCUUUUCAGAUAGUUCAGACACAAACUACAGCAGCUUAUAUACUAUUGUAUAUUACCUACACUAGACGCAACGAUUGAGACAUCACUGCAAAUAUCAACGUACAUUUUGCAAAGAAAUGUACACUAAAUAUACAUGGACAUCCUAUUGCGACAAAUAAAUACUACCAAUAUACGGAUAUAAAACCUUAAUUUCCUUAGAUUACUUAAUCAAACUAAGGAAGCCCUUAAAAUAGUUUACGGCAGAUCUGCGCAAAAAGUUGACAAUGCCUGGAUAAACUAGACUAUUUUUGGUAGUUUUAGUCAGUGCAACACUAUAGCUCCAAAGACAGGUUGCAAAUUUAUUCUGUGAGAUUUUACUCAGACGAUAGAGAAAGCUUUAGUCUUAGAUUACUAAAUACGUUUUUGUUUGGCGUAAAACAUUUUUAAAGUAUUUUCGAAGCCUCAGUUAAGACAGCUAUUCUAAGCAGAGAUAUAAGUUUUGAAUCGACUUAAGUCAAGAUACUAAUGUGAAGUAACGCUAUAUGGCAUAUAGUCGGUCGCAGCUAAAAUGAUACUACAUAAUUAUACGAUUCUGCAUCUAGGAUAGGUUUCAACCGGAACAUUUCAAUCAAAAUGUUCCAUGGCAUAUAUUUGUGUGGAGUUCCCGUUCCAUAAUAAUAUACGAAAGUGCAGUAAUAAAACAUGAAUAUAUCACUAACGUAUUCCAGCGUAGUUAUACGGCGGCAAUUUCUCAAAGACCGCGAUAUUUGUUUUGACUUUCCUAACACAAGAGUCGGUAACCAACGUUUGAAAGUUUAAUAAGCGUUUGCUAUAGUUGUGCACAGAAUAGAAAAACUAAUAAAGGCUUGUACUCUGCUUUGUCGGUACGCGCGUAACUGCGACAGCACACGCAAUUCUGCGCUAAUCUGCGUCAAAGAGACAUUGUGAACAGCAUGAAAAGCAACCUAGGCUAGAAUUUUAGUUGAAUGUGACAGGAAAAGCGAUUUGUAAGCGCUAACGUUGCUAAAUACCCCGCCGUCGGCUGGCUUUUGACCUCUGGUAACGGCGGGUUACUGUGCAAACAAGACAAUAUUUUUAUUACAAACUCAAAAACGGUUUCAAUAUUAUGAAGCUGAUAUGACAUUGGACAGUACUACAAUAACGAUAGAGCUACGAACAGAGAAGACACACUCUCGAGUAAUUUACUGUAAUAGGAUUAGAUAUCAGUUAAAUACUUCGUGUAUCAUCUGGGAUAUAACAGUCGAUCUAAGGAACACGGUCCAAUAUUCUAUAUUGUCCAAAAUACAAAAUAUUUUUAAAUAUAUUAUAUAAAAGUUGAAAUGCAGCCUUUUUCUUUGGGCUUAAAGAAACGGAAAAUUAAUGGCCCGAACAUGUAUUAUUGGAUAAGUAAUCUAGCCCGCGGCUCGAGUAUUUUCUAACAUAAUUUAAAAUAUCAUUAUUAUUAGCAGAAUUUCUUGACUUACUCAAACUUAAAACACAAUUUACAAAAAUAUAGAGACGUUAUAGAAACUGACUGACGUUUCGACUAUAAAGUCUGACUUUCCUGAUCGGAAUAAACACCGCUCGAAACAUCGGUGUGGUUUCUAAUCAUAAUUCUUUUCAACAUUUUAAUUUUGAAACUUUUUAUUAUUAUAUAUUUAAAAACCACGGGCUUCACACCUAUUACUAUCGCAAUAUAUAGACACGCGCUGCAAUAACGCAAAGCCUUGUUUCUGAUUGUUGUGUAUAAUUAAGUGAAAGUUUGAAAUUUCUACAGUCGAUUAAAUAUUAAAUUGACCGCAAAUCUUCGCUGUUUGCUGCCAAAUUUUUAACAUGGAAAAUAGUAGUGUUGUUUUCUACUGAAUAUCUGGCAAGAAAAUGCAAAACUUGACCACCUUGUUACGCUGAGCGAGCCGUGGGGCUAUGCUUUCAUUCAAUAUUAACUCUACAGCUUUUCACAUAUUAUGGGCGUAGCCCAUUUUAACCAAAGCCAAGCGGAAAAGUAUACUUAAUCUUACAUGGACAUGGUCCAACAUAGAACCGUUCUUGUCUCUCAUUAUAAACCCAGCUAGGGUACACUGCAAAUUGCAUUUUCAAGCCAUAAAAGUUGAUUCAAUUCCAAAAGCGUUAUUCUGUCAGCAAAAACGGUGACAUUAUAACACAGACUUUACAGUGCAGUUAAUUCAACGCCUCCAAACUUACAGUGUUUGUUAAUAUUUUGUCAUGUGUAUUAGUACAGUUUGGAAUGGUUAAAUAGAAAUAUACAAAGAAGGAAAAUAGCGCCAUUACAGAGCUAUAACACACAUUGUAAGAACGUAUAAGCCUUGUUCUUCAAGGUGAUACAAGGAAACGUAUCAAAGGUUGUACAAGGUAACGAUUUAAAACAUCAAAUAUUAGCGGGGGCAUGAAGUUACAUCACACUCAUAAACCGAAUGUUUGUUCCUGUCUCGACGCUAUUUAACAAUUGACUAUAUAUAUCUGAGUCAAUAUAAGUACCUGACCGCAUAUAUGCAGACUACUUAAAAAUAACCUGACAAAAAACGUGUUCCAGAAUUCGUUCUUGGUUGCGUUUGUUGUACGCUUCAAUUAUGGUGCCCGAUUUGCAAUUCCUGUCAUUCCCAACGCGUUCUAGACUCAGGUUAUUCCCAAAAAUAUGCCAACAGACAAAAUGUAGUUUUUGGCGUUUGUACUUACAUCAACGCUUCAGAUUGGUGGGUGUGGCACACAGUGAUACCACGUGUUCACAUCUUGAGAGUGUUCAUCUAUGAAGCCGCUAAAAAAUGAAAACAGGCGAAGUUCAAUUUGACGUUCAAUGUAUUUAGUGACGAAUAUAGGCAGUAAAUACUCUACAUACCCCCCCCCCCCCUCCAAUUGAGUCCACUCUCUAACAAGUGUAGGCUCAAGUAAGUCCCCUCUCUAACAAUUGUAGGCUCAAGUAAGUCCCCUCUCUAACAAGCGUAGGCUUAAGUCAGGCCCCUCUCUAACAAGUGUAGACUCAAGUAAAUCCCCUCUCUAACAAGUGUAGGGUCAAGUAAACCCCAUUUCUAACAACUGUAGACUCAAACUCCCUUUCUAACAAUCCCGAAUUUUAAAACGAAGAUAUUUAUCAAAUGCCCUUCCCUUCCCAACAACGAAAACGCACGAGUGCUUCUACGAUUUAUCAAUUGGGCUGGCAUUUAAAUGUCAGUUUACUUUGCAAUAACUUCAAUACCCCCUCUCUCGUUUGAAUCCCUGUCUCUCCAAUAAGUGCCCCCCUCCCAUCAAAGUUAAUAGAGAAUCUACGAUAUGUGCUUUUUGGAAACUGGUAUGAAAUGAUUCGUGCCUGUUGGAGUUAUGUCCUUAACAAGAGAUACUCUUUUCUAAAUUUUCUUUAAUUGAUAGAAUAAUCAGUCAACGAGUAUACAAGCGUAUCGCAUGACAUAGUAAUAAACUGAAUAUUUAUAUGCAAACAAAACAACGGUUCUUGAAAUGUAUUUUUAAUUGUUUCGUCAAUAAUUUUUCAUCAAGAGUAAUAUAUAGCUUUCGGACAGCACAAUUAGUACCUGACAUAAAGACAUCGUUAUAAGCAUUUUAUAUUAAGCAAGUUUAUUAGGGAACUUGGAACGUGUUUAAUUAAAGAAUACGAUAAUAAUCAAUAUGUUAGCAGAAAAACCACUUAAAGAAUAAGGCGAUCAUCACUGUCACAAUGACAUAUUUUAAUAGAUAUAUUAAAUAACUCUUAAGUUUUAUUCACAUUCCACGAUACUGCAACGUAGAAAAUACACGGAUCCUUAGAGACUUCAAAAUUUGUGAGCGAAAAAUUCGUGUUUGAACAUAUUGUAUAACUGACAAAUUUAAGUCAUACCCCGCAUAUAUUUUGAAACUAAUGCUUUAAAUUAUGUUCGAUAAAUAAAAUAAAUUGAUUCAAUACGGAAAUAAUUAUCUCAAUGACACAUUGUGAUCCCGUAUGCCAGGUUGCAAAUUGCGUCUAUAUUUCAAAUUUAUUAUUACGUCUAGUUUUUAAUUAUUUUAAAAUUAGAGUAUACAAAAGCUGCGUAUUGCGACUUCAUAUAAUUUUAUAAAAAUUGUCAAGUUUUAUAAAUACUCAAUAAAAAAGAUCAUGUUAUUAAAACGCUCUGUUGAUAAAAGGCCAACAUUACUAAUGAACACGAUAGUCAGUCCAGUAUUAUCCUGAGGUCAGCGGUCAGAACAACUUCGAACCCAGGACUUUGGUGUGAGAAAGCCAAACCUCGUACCCAGGCCGCCCGUUAAAAAUUAAGGUGGCUCUGGGAACGUCAUUGAAGAAAAAACCUCAAACGCUCGUUUCAGAUGUGACUGAGGUGAAAUUAUAUUCAGACAUCUGCAUAUUAACUACAGUGCCAUAUUUCGCCUCAUUUUCAUGUGAGUGCUAUAUCAUGUGUAAAAUGUCUAUAGAAUAAAGAUACUACGACUAAUUGUUUUUAAUUAUUCUACAGAGGAAUGAUAUUGCUCUAUCAUAAUGCUACAUUCCCCAAAUAGGCUUAGCUGCCCACAUUAAUGAAAAAGAUAUAAGCGCAAAAUAUAAAGUAAAAAAUUGUAUGCUACUCGCUUUGCUAGACUGACAUAAGGUCACUAUAUAUAGUGAAAGCUGGAGGCUUUGAACACAUUCUACAGUAAGUCAGUAGGGCAAAUACAAAACGGGCCUAUAGCUCACAAAGAGUCGGCAUUAGGGCCCCAUACAAAGAGAAUGACCGAAAGCAAUUUCGUCCGAACGUUACCCCGCGUCGACAAAAGUUUACAAAACUGAUAUGAAGUGUAAACACUAUCUGCAUAUUAUGUCUAUGUUAGAGCCGUCUGCAGACCUAGCAUACUGUUCCUGAAUUAAUAUUAGAAAGUUGAAGCGGUCUAAAAGUUGUCACAAAGUGAUAGGCAUGGCAAACUAUAGUAGGCUUAGCUGGCUGGCUUUGUUGAACACAGCAGUUUGUCUACGGGGAUAAAAUACGUUUCCCCGUAUAACAAAACACGCCAGAUGCUGAUGAAACAAUACGUUGCUUUGCGUCGCGCCGCCGUCAGCAAAUACAAGUCGGCAAAAAAUGAUAUAAAUGUUUGCUGCCGUUUUAAUGAAACCGAAUGUACUCGAUAUUUUGAAACGGCAAUAUGAAAUUAAAAAACGCUCUCGUUAUGAAAAGCUAACUUAAUUUACCUAGACCACAAACGAUCUGCCGCGCGCGAUUUUUGCGCUUGAAAACUAAAUUAAUCCGUUGUUUUGACGGAAGAUUUAUUAAAUGUACUUUUUUCACAGGCCACAAUCUUAUGAACAAUACAUCGGAUGGUUUAAUGCGAUAUCAUUAUUAUGUUUCAAUGAGAAGUUACGAGACGCUGCAAUUAAUUAUAGCUCUAUAACAGUCUUAAAUAUAAGGCCUUUGUAACUGUAAUUUAGCUGCAUUGAAUAGCAAAUUUAAAGCCCCAAGCAACAAAAUAGAUAAAAAGUUUCGAGAUUUGAGAUAACAGUGAAAUUAAAUACUAUUGCUUUUCUCAUCAAUGGCACGAGAACUGUUUAGCUCAAUUUGCGCAAUUUUCAAACAAUUUUCGUUUUAGUUCAAUGAUCAAUUUCAGUAAAUUUACAAAAUAUGUGCUAAACGUAUGGCUAUCAGAAAAGAAAAUUAGGCACAAUGGCCCAGUUUAAUUGGCCUACAUUUACAAUAAUCAAUAAUUUCUUUGUGCGUUUAAAAUGUAACAAAAUGCAAAAGGUAUAUAAUUAUCUAUAUUGUUGGGUUUUAGAAGUCUUGUGUUAAAUAGAAAACUCUUUAAUAUAUAAGCGUUUCGCAUAAUGUUUUUUCCGACAUUUGAAUGCUUAGCUUCGCAAAUCUGUCCUGGGUCUAAUCAGGAAACUUUAGGGUAAUAAGUCUACGGUUACUGCAAAAACCUCAAAAAUGUUUAGGUUCAAUUUUUUUAGUAUAGUUUUCUGACCGUACAAUGGAAUAAAUUUGAUUCAGUAUUCAUUGCUAAUUAGCACAGAUAUCACAAUACCCUAUUUACCGAAUGUUCAUUAAUAAGAAAUGGUUUUAGGUCUAAAGUGUAAUAAAUGCCGCGGCCACAAAAACUGAAUAGAAGAAAAGGAAUUUAGGCUGGAAUUCUACACCUGUAAUAAAAUAAAACGCUACAUAUAAUGAACCUUUGUCAUACACCCACACAUUUUAAACAUUUAUUAAAGCUGCUAAUCAAUCACUUUCUGGAGGUAUCUCACUUCACACAAAAGUCCGUCCACACUUGCAAAAUUUGCUGCGAUUUUAGGUGCAAUAUUCUUCUUCUGAUGGAUGUGAAAGAGUGGAAGACUCGCGAAUGUUCAGAGAGGGUCCAUAUCAUAGAAAUAAUAGACAUAGAAUGCGUGCUCCUAUCUUUUCUCAGUAAAAAAAUUGUCUCCACAAAAUGGCGCAUUGAAAAGGGCAUUUUGGUUGGUCCCAGACUCCGGAGGCCCCUGCCCUGCAACGGAAUGCGAAUUAUUUUUUCAACUGAAAAGUUUGCAAAAAAUUUUAUAUCGGCACUUAAAAUGGAAAAAAAGUUUGGUAAACUAAGGAAAAGUGUCUAAAAACCCAUUCCAGUGGUUUUUUUACGAAAAGCAAUAGUUCUGAACAGAAUAUAUGCAGAAAUCGUCGUUUAAAAAUAAAUUUUCAACGUUAUGUUGUUGUGCAAGCCAAAACAAAACACAAAAGAUCAAGACAAACUCAAUAGGUAUGUUCUACAAAUAUUUCAACUCUUUUACAAUAUAAAUGGAGUUCAAUAAUCUUUUAAACUUACACAAUUAUAUUUCAUAUUUUUCUACGUUGCUUGAGCUUGAGGCAACGCUUUUGAAACCAUGGUUUUCGACGAUUAUUUUUAGGCAAUUUUACAGUUUAUCGACAAAUAUAAAAUGUUUCAAGAACAUAAAAACACUUCGUUUACAUUGCAGAAAAACGAAACCCGACGAACAAAGAACUAUCAUUUUGUAAUCUUAUAAGAUAUUAGCAAAACAGUUACGUUUAGAGCAUGCAAAAAUGUUUUGAGCAAAUUAUAUUUUCGCGAAACUACUUUGCUUUUAAAAGGCUGCACGAUUUUCACUGUUUUCAUAGUGUUUUGUAACUGCACAUUUGCUUUGACAGUUUGUGCCUUCAAGGAACUCAAAAUCUAUCCCCAAACUACAAAUUAGACAACAAAACAAAACGUUUUGACGAUGAAAACGUAGUUUUAGCUUUGUUUUAUACUUUGUAGUUUGCACUCCUGGCCAAAAUUCAAAAUGGCGCAUUCAAAAGGGCACGCACCUGAAAAAGUGGAGACAUGAUUCGUCAUUAGCACGCAUUCUAUGUCUAUUAUUUCUAUGGUCCAUAUACUCGCAACAUUCCUAACUCAUCUACUCGAUCACAUCCAUCAGUAGACAAUCGCAGUGCACGCACUAGAAAUCGCAGCACAAACGGCAAAUGUAAAUGGGCUUAAACAUGAAAAUGAUUUUCUUUAAUGACUGGAAUAUAGGGGGGCACUUCGCUACUACUGGGUGUGGUAUGCACCACAUUUGCGCCGAAAGUGGUGCAUUUUCUACCCUGGAUUCCAGAGCCUUCAGUAAAUAAUAAAUUGAAACGUCGCGAAGGCACUGGUUCAACGGGAGGAUUCUUUGAUUAAAUCUGUACCAAAAUCACUAAUUCUGUUUUGUGAUUGGCGCGGUUUAAUCAAAGUAUGCAUUUUCCCGUGCGUAAUACAAAUUAAUACAAAAUCUGCAAAUUUCGCAGGGCUAUAUUUUCCUCAUUUUCCUCGCAACCAAACUUUGAGAUUUUACUAAUUUUAAUAUGCUCUUUCUAAGCCAAAAAAAAAUAUGUGGGUUUCCGGUUUCUUCUUAUAAAAACUUAGGUAGGGUAGGUCGAUUUUAACUUUUUUUUUAAACUUUUUUUUUAAUUUUCCGAACAAGCGGACGCCAUUUUGUUUAGUCAGUGCUUCCACAUCCAAAAAUAAAUUUCCCUAAUAUUGCCUCAAAUUUCAAUUUUCCACAAACUUUUUCCUCUAAGUGGAAACACUUACAAGCAUAAAUCCAAUAAAAAAGUUUAGGGUCGGAUUUUCGACGUCCAAAAGCUAGGUAGGGUCGGGAAACCGGAAACCCACAUAUUUUUUUUUUGGCCUAACUGUGGUGAUGGAUUUUCAGGUUUUCCUUGCCUAGAUCAAAAUUUAGUCUAUCGCUAGAAUCACCCAUUGUAGCAAAUGUAAACUGUUAUUUUGUUUUUAGGUCUGGUUUCAAAAUCGUCGCGCAAAAUGGAAGAAACGUAAGAAGACGACCUCAGUCCUCCGACCCCCCGCCCCAAUCCUCCCCUCUCAAUUUGCGCAAAGCUUCAACCCCAAUCCCCUAGACCCCCUAUGUACAUACCAUAACGACCACAGGUGGCCCUCAGUCGCCCCAUCCGGGGUCCCAACCAUGGCGACGACCUCGCUUCCAUCCACUCAUUUCAACCAAUCGAAUCACGAUAUACUUCAACAGUCCUAUCAACAGAGAUCCACCUUAAGUGGGUUAAAUCAACAACUUAGUCAGGCCCCCCAGGUUGCGUACCAAACGGGGUAUCCCUCCCGGGACAUGCCUAUAUCGUCUUCACCCACCUUACAGGAUCUUCAGUGCAGUAUGCCUAACGGAGGGGAAUAUUGGCGAGGAACUAGUAUAGCGCAGCUACGAAGGAAAGCUUUCGAACAUACGACGGGGUUUAGUUAUCGGUAAAAACGCACACAUUAAACAGUCGAACCUUUAUUAGGGGGCAUUCCUGCUUUGUUGUAGCUCGAUACACGCAAAGACGUCUGCAGUAGACUUGUAGCAAUGCUGUUCCAACAGCUUGGCAACAGGAUGUGUUCGCACUGCUUGUUCCCAGCUUGUUGACAACUUGCUACAAGGUUGUUGAGCUCAACAGACUUGUCGCAAGUUGUUCCAACAACUUGUUAUAUCGUCCUGCAAUGCAACAAUUUGUCAAGAAGUUGUGAGUGACAACCUUGUGGCAACUUGAUGGAAUAACAGCAUUGUUACAACUUGUUGACAAGCUUGCUACAGGCCUGUUGCGAACGCAUCUUGUUGACAAGUGGUGAGAUUUUUACGUGUGUAACUGGGUUUCACUAAGAACGUAAAUUUCUAUACAUUUAAGACCUAACCAGGGGUAUUUGAAAAAGUUCAAUUGCAAGUUCAAUUCCUGCCCGAGAGGCUAUCGCUCGUUUGCAAUCGACGCCAUAUUGGUUGAUUUUCAAAAUACACGUGGCAACUAUAAAAUUCACAUUCUUCAUUCUUUGUCGUAUUGAGCCAAAGACCGUAAACUAUCCGCAAUACAGUAACGUGUUUUCAAAACAAACCAGAGAAUGUUAAAUUAACUCAACUAUUUCACCGUAAACGGCUUAACGAAAGUUUAAAAUCAACCAAGAUGGCGCCUAAUGACUCGUAGUGACGUCAUGUGUAAGCAAAGAAUAAGUUCUUUGUAUGUUUGCAUGGCGAUAAAACAUAUAAUAGUUUUGUUUGUGGAAACACCACGUAAAUUUACGUGGUGUUUCCACAAACAAAACUAUUAUAAGCAAAGAAUAGUUACAUUUUUUCGAAACUGCUCCUGGUUUAUAGGUCUAAAAGUAUAUCGAAAUUUACAUUCGAGAACACCAUUUAUACCACGCAACUUUUGCCUAAAACUGUUGCAUGCAACCAGUGAAUCAAGCACAACUCACCUACGUUACCGCGAGCGAGUUGUGUGCUUGAUUUACACAGUACAACUCAAGUUGUAAGCAGGUUGCAAGCGACAGUUUUAGGCAAAAGUUCCGUGGGGUAAACCGCAAGUAACCGAACUCGGAAUUCCCUUGCGUUGAAAACUGUGCGUCGACUGCAGUGACAUUCUGGAUCUGGCCGGCGAAUUUUUGUUGUAAUCUACGGUAAUUCACGGAAAUAUUUCUAGGAAAAUUACAAAAAAGGUGACCGCUUAAUACAGGUUCGACUGUCAUUUAGAACUGCGUUGAGCACUGAAUGUAUCUUACGGAAAAAAGGACCAAUUCAGCCUCCUUAGAGUCCUGCAUUUGAAGCGAUUUGUUCAUAUAUGUGUCAGAAGUACAAAUGUUUACGACUCUGGUGACGAGAGCCGGUUGGUUUCGACAAGAAACAAUCGACGACAUAAAUAUAAUCAGUGCUCAACAACAAUAGAUAAAUAUAAACAAAACUAACUUUGAAAAAUAACCUCAUAACAUAACAUAACCGAUUCAAAACUCGUUUUUGUUCGGAUUAAUUGUGCGUUCAUUUAAUGUGUUCAAUUUGUUUUAGAGCGUGCAGUCUGCGUUACGAGCAGGCGUUUCAAACGCGUCCAAAACCGCAUGCAAGUUGAAUAGAUUCACGCUCAAUUUUGAAAGUAUCUCAAACGCGGUGAAACGCAUUUAAAAAAGUAUACAACGAAUGUAUACAACGCGCUAACAACCAGAUAGGCUUUCUGUUAGCUUAUUUCUAAAGUGCAUAUCAGAAACAGAAAUUAUCGAUAAAAUGGACGCUUGCGCGCAACGUUAUUUUCCAAAUUAGUUUUGUUUAUGGAUUGAAGUAGAAUUAUUAACGAAAGAUUCAAAUAUUGAAUCAUAAAAUAUACAUAAUAGGUUAUUGUAGAUAGUUGACAUAGUAUGUUAAAAAAAACAUACUUUAUAUUAUUAUUAAGGAAUUAACUAUUUAUUGAAGCAAAGAUAUUAAAUCAAAAAGUCUUUGAAAAAAUUACGAAAUGGUAUAGGAUUUAUGAAACUUAAGUUGUUCAACGAACUUUUGAGGACAGAAUCUGAAUUGACAAAAAUUGAAAAAGUUUUAAAAUUCCAUACUAUGUGAAUAUGAAUUUAAUAUGAAUAAAUAUUGUGGCAAAUGGA